AACUCCAUGGUUGCUAGGGACCUCAGCUACAACAGCUUUACUGGCACCAUUCCUGACUCCAUCAGCAAGCUCACAAACCUUGGUUUCUUGACCUUUUUCACCAACUUGCUGACUGGCUCGAUACCAGCAACAUUCAGCAACCUUCAGUCUUUGACCGAGUUAGACCUCAGUUACAACAGCUUUACUGGCACGAUUCCUGACUCCAUUAGCAAGCUCGAGAACAUUACCUAUCUGUGGCUCCUCCGUAACCAACUGAGCGGCUCGAUACCAGAUACCUUAAGCAACCUCAAAUCUGUAUUCUCCUUGAACCUUGGCUACAACAGCUUGACUGGCUCAAUUCCUGACUCCAUUAGCAAGCUCACAACACUUGGUGCCUUUUAUCUCCAUUUCAACAACUUGACUGGAUCGAUACUAGCAGGGAUAGGCAACCUUCCACGGUUGACAGACUUAACCCUUGCCUACAACAACUUUACUGGCACGAUUCCUGACUCCAUGAGCAAGCUCACAAACCUUCGCACCUUAUCUGUUCAACAGAACGGGCUGAGUGGGUCAAUAGAACCAGCAAUAAGCAGCCGCCAAAAUCUGCUGAUCUUUAAUUUUAAUAGAAAUCACUUUACUGGAUCGAUUCCAUCCACUAUUAGUCACAUGAGCAGCUUGACAUUCUUAGGCCUUGCCAACAACAGCUUCACUGGCACAAUUCCUGACUCCAUUUUGAAGCUUCCAAAUCUUGGUAUCCUAUAUCUCAAUGGAAACAAGCUGUCUGGCUCGAUACCAGCGACAACGGGCAACCUUACAGUGUUGACUUCCUUAAACCUGGCUGACAACAGCUUGAGUGGCUCGAUUCCUGACUCCAUUGGCAAGCUCUUAACUCUUGCUUCCUUGUAUCUCAAUGGGAACAAGCUGUCUGGCUCGAUACCAACAACGAUAGGCAACCUUCAACUUUUGAACAACUUGAAUCUGUCUGCAAACAGCCUGAUCGAUUCUAUUCCGUCCACUAUUGGACGCCUAAGCAACCUGGCGUACUUGAACCUUGAUUUAAACUCUCUGUCCGGUUCUAUACCCGAGUCACUUGGGAGGCUUGCCAACUUGAAAGAACUACAUCUUGCUAACAACAGCCUGACUGGCAACAUCCCUGGCUCCAUUGGCAACCUCGUGCAGCUUUCUAUCUUGGAUCUGAAUGAAAGUGAAGUUACAUGCCCUCCUGACUAUACCCCAUGUGUGGCGAAACAAAGACUUCAGAGCGCCUUUUGCCGCAAGUGCCCCUCUUUCUGCACCACCUGUGCCAAGGCAGCACCACCACCUCCCACAGCCCCAUCGGCACCAGCUGAGUCUCCAUCGCCGUCCUCCUCUUCAGCCUCCUCGCUUUCCCCUGGAGCGUCGGCCUCCCAGUCUGGAGGCGGUCUGUCGGCGGGAGCCAUUGCUGGCAUUGCUGUGGCUGCUGUGGCUUCCCUGCUGGGGCUGCUGCUGAUUGGCAUGCUGCUACUUCGAAGACCGGCACAAGGAGAAGCUACAGUGGUAAAGAAGGGCGAGGAUGCGGCACCACAAAGAGAUAUUGAAGGCCUGGCUGGCAGCGUGGCAGCCUCUCACUGCACCGAGUACUCCCUUGAGGAAGUCAUGGCAGCCACGAGCAACUGGUCCGAUGACAACCGGCUUAGCUCUGGUGCCUUUGGUGAUGUGUACAAGGGCGUGUCUCCAAGGGAUGGCACCACAGCGUGGGCCGUCAAGCGAGCUAAAUUGCUUGACGCUGACUUCCAGAAAGAGGUCCGACAGAUGGCCGACAAGAACCAUCCCCACCUUGUGCGCCUGCUUGGGUUUGCCGCUGGAGGGGACAUGAGGACACGCCUGGAGCAAGUCUUGAUCUACGAGUUUGUUCCAAACGGGGACCUGGAGAUGUGGAUCUCUACAAAAUCACACUUUCAGCUCAGCCUGAAGCAGCGGCUGGACAUCCUCCUUGGUGCUGCUCGUGGCUUGGAGUAUCUCCACAGCUUUGGCCUUGUGCAUCGUGACAUCAAACCUGCCAACGUCCUGCUCCGGGCUGACAUGCAGGCCAAGAUUGCGGACUUUGGGCUAGUGAAGGCCUUAGAGGGCUCAACAGCGGGUACUACUCGAGUCAUGGGAACACCGGGCUAUUUGGAUCCCAUCUACUCCCGCACGUCCAAGGCAACCACCGCCACCGAUGUGUACAGCUUUGGUGUGCUGAUACUUGUGGUCCUCAGGGGGCGAAGCCCGACUGCUGCAGCUGAUGGGGAGAGCAAGCACAUACUGGCAUGGGUGGAGGCCUGCCUGGCGUCCGACAGCCCGACCCGCCUCAAGGACCUCAGCAUGGACGCCCCUGAUGAUGCUGUGCUGCGCUUGGCCCAGCUGGCUCUCAGCUGCUCUGCAGAGUGCACUGCGAGCCGCCCAAGCAUGGCUAGUAUUGCCAACGAGCUGCAGGGCAUCAGGAAUGAAGUGGUGGGGAAAGUGGAGCUGAGUGCAGCAAUUAAGGUGGACGAGCAAGUCCAGCAGUUGAAGGGCUCAUUAUCCACAGAUGCGCAUCUGCAAUGCAUUGACAACCUCCUGCAGGCGAACUCCUUUGAAUGAAGGCAGCUACUUGACUAGAGUUCUUGGCAGCGGUAAUCUACAAUACUCAAGAUUUGGUGACGUUCUUCUUGGAUUAGAGGUACUACACAGGUGGUAGAACAGAUUGUUGAGACAAAAAGUGCUUUGAUGCCUAUAGUUAUGAAGGGGGUCGUGAUGACUGUAUCAGAAAUUAGAAUUGAAUGAUCGUAAAGUGAGAGUACACACAAAUAUAUCUAAGUUUUGUAU